CCAUGUCCCCACGACGAUGGGCUGUCACUCUGAUCUGGGUGUGUACCUGUGCCAUUCUCCAGCUGCACUGUGUGACUGCAGAGGACAAAUGUGUUUUCCCAUUCCAAUAUGGAGGCAAGCUGUAUUUUGAUUGCAUACCGGAAUAUUCUGUGACCAAGUGGUGUUCUCUCACUGAAGUUUAUGACAACAAGUGGAAGUACUGUACUGAAGAUGAUCGUGCCAAAUGUGUGUUUCCCUUUGUCUACAAAGGCAAGAUUUUCUCUCAUUGCAUCAACUGGGCCAGUAAAUAUGACCUAUUCUGGUGCUCACUGACUCCAGACUAUGACCAGGAUAAAGCAUGGAAGUAUUGCGAUGCUUGGGGCACCUUCAUGGCUGGUGGAGGAAUGCAAGAGUCUCACAGUUUGGCAAUGAAGGCCAAAAUCCAUAUGCAGGCUACAUAG